AUGGCCCUGCCCAACCCCUACCCAACUCCAAGCCUCCCAGAAGUCUUAGCACCUCCUGAGUCCCCCCAGGAGACUCUGGAUCCAACUGAGAGUCCAAGGUCCUGGGAGGAGCAGUCAUCGCCUUCCAGAGACCUUCAGGAAGAGACCCACAAAACACAGGAACCAGAGCUUUCCAUAGAACCCCUGGGCGAGCUGCCGCAGCAGGAACUGCCCCCAGAGGAGCCACUGCCAAAGGAUGCAGAUGCUGAGGCGCCCCCCAGCAUGCACAUACUCUAUGUGACCCACCUGAACCCCCAGUUCUCUGUGCCGGUACUCACCUGCCUGCUACGAGACACCCUGGAGCGGCUUGAGGUGCCUGUGGAGAGGGAACACAUCCAGGUGGUGAAGAGAUCCCGGAAGGCCUAUGCUGUGGUGCAGGUGGCCACCCCCAAGGCCACCCUGGCCUCCCUCCCCUUACGCCUGCAGAUGGCUUCAGAGGCACACUUGAUCCUCAAGGAGCUGACAGCCCACGGGAAGGAGCUGCUGGUGAGUGAGUGCCAGAAGUCCUUGGACCACAGAGAGGAGGCACGCGGCAGCAGCCGAAGCCUGGGCCCCAGAGCGUGCGCUCACCCAGUGAGGCAGUUGGUCCCACCGUCCAGCUGGUCCGGGGCCUCUCAGGGGCUAUGGAACGGUCCCCACCCGCCCAGCGGCACACGCUCCGACAGUGCCAUCGUGAGUCAGGAGAUCGUGGGCCGGGAAAGGCUCUUCCAGGGCGCCUUCCUGGGUAACGAGACGCGAAACGUGGAGUUCAAACGCGGUGGCGGCGAGUACCUGAACCUGGCGCUCAAGCACCACGUGCGGCGCUACGUGUGUGCCUUCCUCAACAGCGAGGGCGGCUACCUGUUCGUGGGCGUCGAGGACAGUGGCCUGGUGCAGGGUAUCCGCUGCAGCCACCACGAGGAGGACCGCGUGCGCCUGCUGGUGGACUCCAUCCUGCAAUGCUUCAAGCCCCAGGUCUUCCCCGACGCCUACACCCUGACUUUCAUCCCUGUGGUCAGCACCGAUGCCACUGGCCACCCCCUCAAGGUGAUCCGUCUGUGCGUGCACCCGCCCAAGGUCCAGAGCGAGCCGCAGCUCUACGAGACCGACCAGGGGGAAGUGUAUCUGCGGCGCGACGGCAGCAUCCAGGGCCCGCUGACCAGCAGUGCCAUCCAGGAGUGGUGCCAGCAGAAAUGGAGAGUGGAAGUGGGCAAGCUGGAGGAGAAGGUGAAGGUGCUAACGGUGGAGAGGGAACAGCUCCAGCAGCAACUCCAGCAGUCACGGCUAACCUCCUGCACUUGCUGUGUCCUGUGA